AUGUUUCCUCUGUGCUCGGCCACAAGCUGCCAUUACCAUUCUCAGACUUUAUUUCCUGGCAAUUGGAGAGGCUGUUCUUCCUUUAGGAGAGAGUCCAUUCAUAGAUGCAGUUCUGGUGAAAAUGCCUUCUUUGUCAUUUCUAAUGGAACCCACUUGCAGAAUAGUUGCUUAACUCAAGCCACUGGGAGUUUCUUCACCGGUACUAUCGAAAACACAGAACAACCGAUAUCCACAUUCAGAAGUUUGUGUGAGAAUGAGUUGGGCAGAGUGAACUACAUGGUUUAUGACAUGAGAGAAGCUGUUGUAGCGGGCGAUCUUUGUCAUGUAAGAAAUGGGGAACUUACAUAUGUAGAAAGUACAGCAGAUGUUUCCCCUGUUGAAAACCUUGCUGCUCAGACUUCAACCGAAAACACUAGUAGCCUUAUAGUCUCGGCUGAACCGGGAACAGUCUCAUCUGUUGAUAUAUCUCUGGAUACUUCUGUCUCUCUGCCCGAUACUCUAGAUCUCAAUCCAGGGUCACUUCCCGAUGCAAAAGCUAGCUUUGAUGACUUUUCUUCUGGGGUGAAGGAGUCUUUCAGUUCGUCAUUAAACCAAGGAGAAAAUGCUGUGAAGAACACUUUGGAUUCUUUCUCCUCGACCUUGACAUCCAUUACUAAGAAUGCUUCUGAGGCUGUAGAUAGUGCAUUUAACACUGCGUUUUCUACGCUAGACCAAACAGGAGAUAUAGCUGAAGACAAGUUUUCAAGCUUUUCUGCGGGCUUGAAAGAAGCUUCAAACAGAGCAGCUAUUGUUGCCAUUGAUCUGUUGAGGCAAUCAGUUGGUAUUGCAGAGAGUUCUGUAGCAAAUGGAGUUUCUUUUGUUGUGUACUCUUAUGGAUCAGCAAAGGAAUUACUUCCUCCAGAUGUUAAAAGUGCCUUUAACUCAUCAGAAGAGGUUGCUCGAAAAGUACUAAGGCCCGUGGGAGCUGUGUUGGAGCAGGUGUAUGUUGCCAUUGGAGGUUUGGAGAGAAAUUUCGGCGUGGAUCCAGAUGAUCCAAUCAUUCACCUAUUUCUCUUCGUAGGCGCCACCGGAACCUUUUGGACUCUAUAUCGGGUUUGGACAUAUGGUGGAUAUGCUGGAGAUUUGUCUCCAAAGUCAACUCUUGAGCUUUUAACAUCAAACGAAAAGCCAGUGCUCGUAGAUGUCAGGCCUGAAGCAUUGAGAGAAAAAGAUGGAAUACCUGAUCUGCGGAGAGGAGCUCGUUUUCGAUAUUCUAGUGUGACAGUGCCUGAGGUUGACGGUGCUGUUAAACGGCUACUCAAAGGUGGAAAUGAAAUUGAUGAUACCUUGACAGCAGUUAUCAUCAAGAACUUAAAAGCAGUUCAGGACAGUUCCAAGGUUAUUGUUAUGGAUGCUGAUGGGACUCGCUCUAAGGGCAUUGCAAGAGCCUUGAGAAAACUUGGGAUCAAGGCAAGUAAUUCAGGUCGAAGGCCAUACUUGGUGCAAGGUGGGUUUAGAUCAUGGGUUAAGGAAGGUCUUCGUGUGAAAGAACCAAAACCUGAGACGACACUUAGCAUCCUCAACGAGGAAGCUGAGGCGAUUCUUGAGGACAUAAAUCCUUCUCCAUUGCAAGUAGUUGGAGUUGGUGUGACUAUAUACCAACGACUUUCUUCAUACAAUGACUCCGAAGACUUCAAGCAAGACGUCAGGUUGUUGAUUGCACCAGUGAGACUUGGAGCUCAGGCUUUCUCAUGGGCUGCAGGAAAACUCGAGACGAAUGGUGUUGGUCUCCCAACUUCACCUUCUUCCUCGGAUGUUCGAAGCCGGGUUUUGCAGGCUGCUGCUAAGCAUGAAUCUCAGCCGUCUGAUGAAGCUUCUGAAAGUCUUCAAGAUGAUGCAUCAUCAUCAUCUCCAGAAGAAGCUUUGAACAAUGUUGAUGUCUCUGAAGCAUAA